AUGCUCUCAGGCGGCUCAUCAACCACCAAAUCAUUGGAAAAUCUCCAUAAGGGUGUAUUUAUCAAAAGUUUGAAUGAUCGUCCAUUUCAAGUUGGAUCGUUGCAAGAUGCUAUGCACCAGUUCGGAUUGGUUGACCGAGUUGUAUCAAAAUCUGACCCAACCUUCUAUGCUCUCGUCGAAUUUUCAAAAGAGGAAUAUGCACAACACGCCGUAUUACAACGAAGGAUGUUCAUCGAUGACAGCGAAGUUGCCAUCGGCGAGCGCAACCUGAGCUCGGCAAAAUCCCUUGGAGAACUGCCCAACCUAAAUGCUUUCGGAAUCAUCGAAGAUUUAAAUCUAUUCCCCGGCUUUGCCCAGCAAUCUGCACGUCUCCACUCGGUACUUGCCGCCACCCAAAAUUCGCUCCAAAAUAUACGCGAUGAAAUCGACACAUUGCGUGGGCAUCUUGAAAAAUAUUUGUCCCAUGUGGAGUUGGAGAUUUUGUGGCCGCAAGAGUGCAUUUCGAUUCUUGGCUUGGACACGAACAACGCGACGAUUUUUCUGCAUCAAGAUACAUUGGCAAUGAAGAAUGGGCGCCGGUAUCUAGAUUUCGGCCGAGAUUCCGACACUCUAUUCUCCGCACCAAUUUCCGAUUUUCUGAAAAAGCCCAUUCAUCCAGAAGAGCUGAAGCGCCUAUCCGUGCCGGAGAGGAUCCGUCUGCACUAUCGGCUACUUCUAGAGAUCCAUCGAGAAGUUCCAUGGCUGGGCAAUUUACGCCUAAACGUGGAGCACGGGUCAAUUACUGCUUUUCUCGGGGCAACUUGCUUGUGUGAAAUAUAUCUGGAGCAAAAUCCUGCACAACUCUUCCUGCAGGGUCUGCAGAAUAUAACCCCCUCGAAGCCCAUUUGCGAGUUAUGUACGGUUUUGCGUGUAUGGGCUACAUUAAACGGGUUGAUCGAAGCGUCAGGAUCGCAGGUGCCGCUACAGUCGACGAUUAUUGUGCUGAUGUUCGCCUUAUUUUUUCUCUUACAAGAAGCGAACCUCUUAAUGGUUCCCCCCAAGUUUUAUGAGAGAUUGAAAAAGCUGGCUCGGCACGCCAGUUCAAUAAUGGAGCAGUACCCGGACAGCUUUUUGGAGCUUUUGCGACCGGUUUCUUCUCGAAUAGGGACUUCUUAUACAAGUUUUCGUUUAGAUACGGUAUGUGAGGCAUUUGCUCCAAGUUGGGUAGAGCCCAUCGAUCUUCUAGCGGCAUUCGAAAUUUUGCUAGAAGAAGUUGCGUUGCUAACCCCAUCUUUUGAGGAGACAGACGAAGAAACGCUCGAUGGAUUUAUGACACUAGGAGUUUUUAUUAUGACAGAUCGGCUGUGGCUAGGACGCCGCAAUAUACGCAGAAAAAUGCAUAGCGAGUUGACAGAAUCUCUGAGUUCUAUGACGUCUUCGGUGAUUUUGAGAGCGGCUGGUUAUAUGAAAAUCGAGUUCGGGCAUGCGAUUUUGGGUUUUCGUGCACUAGAGGGGUCUCGCGAUGAAUUGAAUCGAUUAACGGGAUUUGUACAGUACCUUCUCGAUAGCUGUUUGACCAGUCUUCUCGGCGAAAACCGUGCACCAGAAUCACAACCAACCACCAUCACCAAUAUCCCAGAAGAAGACGAACCAGCCAAUGGCACUGAA